AUGAACUUUGGGUUUCUUGGUAAUAUCCCUUGGUUUAGGGCCCAAUCAAACAAUGAUUUGGAACCAGCUCUACCAACAACUUCCCUUCUUGAACAACCUCAGCAGAAGGGUUGUUUUGAUGUCAAGUUGUUGGGUUGGCCCCUUCUUUCCUUUGUUCCUUGGGUGUCAGUGAAUUCUAAAGAUAAGAUUCAUACUCCAUCCACUAUUAACCGCGGUUUGAGAAGGCGUGCACAACCUCGUGGGAUGUUCAAGAAUGGUGAUUUCAAUAACUUUUUGCGCUUUAGGCCAUAUGUUUCUAGGGUCCCAUGGCAUACUGGCGUAAGAGGUUUUCUUUCUCAGCUAUUCCCAAGAUAUGGGCAUUAUUGUGGGCCUAAUUGGUCAAGUGGGAAGGAUGGAGGAUCUCCUCUUUGGGACAAGCGGCCAAUUGAUUGGUUGGAUUUUUGUUGCUACUGUCAUGACAUUGGUUAUGACAGUCAUGAUCAGGCUGAUUUGCUGAAGGCUGAUUUAGCUUUUCUGGACUGCCUUGAGAGGCCAAAUAUGGCUACCAAAGGGGACGCUGGCAUUGCUCACCUUUAUAAGACAAUGUGCAUCACAGGUCUCAGGAAUUUACUUAUCCCUUACAGAACUCACCUUUUGAAACUGCGAGCAGGACAACCCUUGAUUCAAUUUGGAUGGCUAAGCAAUGGGGAAAAUAGCAAUGUUGAGUGUUGUUAG